AUGACGCGCGCUCAGCAAACCCUCUCCGUCCUCCUCCUCGUGUCCUCCCUUUAUCUUUCCCUCUACCUUGGCCUCGUCCCCCUGAACGAGACUGUCCAGACCGAAGUCAUACCCGUGCUCCCCUUCUACGCACUUAUCGUUUUCGGCUGCUACCUCCUCGGCCGGCUCGGCGUCGCAAUCUUCACCUUCAACGACGUCCCGGAGGCUCACGCGGAGCUGCAGAAGGAGAUCGAGCUGGCCAAGGUCGAACUGCGCCAGGGCAAGGUCGAGGUGGACUAA